AUGGCCAGGCCUCUGGAGCAGGCGGUGGCUGCCAUCGUGUGCACCUUCCAGGAGUAUUCGGGGCGCGGCGGGGACAAGCACAGGCUCUGCCAGGGGGAGCUCAAGGAGCUGCUGCAGAAGGAGCUGCCCACCUGGACCCCGACGGAGCUGCGGGAGUGUGACUACCAUCAGUUCAUGAGCGUCCUGGACACCAACAAGGACCGGGAGGUGGACUUCGGGGAGUUCGUGCGUGCCCUGGCCUGCCUGUGCACCUACUGUCACGAGUACUUCAAGGACUGUCCCCCCGAGCCCCCCUGCUCCCAGUAG